AUGAGAGUCCCGCGGCCCGUCCUGAUUCUCGCCGCCGUGAUCCUGGACCCGACGUUGUUGCUCCUGGGGGAGGCGGUAUGUCACCGUAAUGACUCCGACUUAAGUGCCGCCGGCCAAAGGUCGGGAGAGACUUUGCUCAGACGUAGACGGGAGCUCACUUUUCCAAAGGGAAGCGCCUUCGUGAUGACCCUGAGUCUUCUGAAGGCUAUCCAGCUUAAUGAGCCAAAAAGUUGGAACCUAGAUCUAGAAUUCGACACGAUAUGGCCUAUACCUAGCCAGGAAGAUUUGAGGAGAGUUGCGAUCAGAAGACCGUCCAAACUGAAACGACGACACAGACGCGAACUCUAUGCCAAUUUGGAAUUAGCACUGGACAGUCGAAAUCUACCAGGACGAUUAUGCAUUCUGCGCACAAUUUGCGAGGCGGAAACGUUACUAAGUCCCCCGGGAUUUUCGAUCAUCGAGGACUCUAUACGAAUUAUUUUAAGGAAUUUCGAAGAUGCUGAUAAUUAUGACUGCUACGACGUCGCGUAUCGAACGAAAAGUGACUGCGCGGUUGUUUAUCCUUGUCCGUUUUCACUGUUGAAAUUGUUGUUAUAUAAU